AUACAGCAUCCAAUAUGGCAGCUUCCGGUGCUUCCCAUUUGGGAAACGGGAAAAUUAAUUUAGGAGCAUUGCGUGAUUACUAUCGAAGAGAGUUAUUAGAAUGUUUAGACAAAUGCAGUGGAACAAAGGCACUUGUAUGGGAUGAUGCACUAACCGGACCAUUUGGAUUGAUUGCAGAAUAUUCUCUUCUUAAGGAGCAUGACGUGGAAAAGAUGAUGUUGUUACCCAAGGAGAACCAGUCUCUCCCUACCAGUACUGUACAGAACAUCAUUUUUGUGACAAGACCGAAACUUGAACUGAUGGACCAGAUAGCUCAAAGUCUACUCCGGGAGGACCAGAAAGGUGGCUUUAGAAGAGAGUUCCACAUUAUCUUUGUACCCAGGAAGAGUCUGUUGUGUGAAAAGAAGUUAAAGGAGGCAGGUGUUCAUGGUUCUCUAACAAAUAUAGAAGAGUUUAGUCUUGCUCUGAUUCCCUUUGAUUAUGAUCUCAUGUCUAUGGAGAUGGACAACUCUUUCAAGGAGUGUUAUUUGGAGAAUGAUAACACAAGUAUGUUCUACGCAGCUCAGUCAUUGGUAACUUUACAGACAUUGUACGGUAUCAUACCAAAUAUAGCCGGCAAAGGAGAAUGUGCCAAGCAUGUGGUAGAUAUGAUGUUACGUAUGAGACGGGAACUAGAGGGUCACGAGCCACAGAUUACCCCGCAGAUUGAUAACCUUGUCAUUAUUGAUAGAACAGUGGACCUGUUAACACCACUUCUCACUCAGCUUACAUAUGAAGGAUUAAUUGAUGAAUUCUACGGCAUAAAUAAUACCUCUGUCAAACUGCCGCCAGAGAAAUUCAAGAGUAAAGACGAGAGUGGGAGCUCUUCAGACAUGGAGCAAAAAACAGUUGUUUUAAAUUCCACCGAUGAACUGUUUUCUGAACUAAGAGACAAAAAUUUCAGUGCAGUCGGAAAUACAGUCAGCAAAAAGGCCAAAAUUAUAACAGCCCAGUUUGAUGAGAGACAUGCAGCAAAGACAGUUGGGGAAAUGAAGAACUUUGUAACCAAGUUGCCACAUUUACAGCAGGCUAGAGCUUCUUUAGCUACACAUACAUCAAUAGCUGAGUUGAUUAAGGAUGGUACAGACACAGAUGAGUUCAUGGAAUGUUUACGAUGUCAGCAGGAGCUAUAUAAAGGAGAAGAGACAGAUAAAGUUAACACAUAUAUUGAGGACUGUAUAGGUAGAAGGGAACCACUAUUGAAGGUUCUGAGAUUGUUGUGUAUCCAGUCAUUCUGUAAUAAUGGAUUAAAGCCAAAAGUUUUAGAAUAUUAUAAACGAGAAAUUGUGCAGACAUAUGGGUUACAGCAUCUGGUAACGUUGACCAAUUUAGAGAGAGCGAGACUACUACGGCCACAUACAAAUAGAAACUACCAGACUAUAAGAAAGUCACUCAAGCUUACUGUCGAGGAUGUCAAUGAAUUGACACCAAAUGACAUAUCGUAUGUAUACAGCGGUUAUGCACCUUUAAGUGUACGACUAAUACAGUACCUAGCACGACCAGGAUGGCGGAGUAUAACUGAGGUGCUUAGUAUAUUACCAGGUCCAAGGGUUGAUGAGGUCCAACAGAUUCCUGUAGCUCUAAAAAAAAGAAGAAGUUCAAUAACAUCAUCACAUUCCAGUAUGGCUGAUCAGAAAGUAACGCUAGUCUUCUUCCUUGGUGGCGUCACCUAUGCCGAGGUUGCGGCCCUUAGAUUUCUUGCCCAACAGGAUGAUGGAUGUGAUUACAUAGUAGCUGCAACAAAGUUGAUUACAGGCAGUCAGUUACUACAUUCACUUUAUGGUGACUGUAAAAAGGGUCAGUUAAGGGAUGGGCCUCAUUUCAGAUAAAAAUAACGUGGAACAGACUAUGUGAUAGCUACAACCAAAAUCAUCAACGGGAGUUCAUUGCUGGAUAAACUAACGUAUCAUGUGGAACCAGUGAAACUAAAUCCGUUCAUGUGAUAUUCCAUAAUCUAAAGACUCAUUUUGAAUUCAACAACAUGUCCUAAGGAAAUACAGUUCAGUUUUAAAAAGACUUAUUAUCCUUUUCAUGUCUUGCAUUACAUUCUUCUCAAACAAAAUCAGUUGUAGAUCAUGUAUUUUUAUGAAACACUGAAUUUAAGUGAAUUUAAGGCGGUUAGGGUCCAGUACCUUAGAACAGGGAUGGUAAAUGAGAAAAAAUCAUAACUAUUCAGUGCCACUGGAAUUUCACAAUAAGAACAGGUUUCAGUCUCCAUUCUUCUAGAUAUUUUCAACACAACCUAGAUUUACGACUUUCUGUCAUAUUGAUUUGCUUGUUAAAUUGUGCAAUAUGUUAAUCAUAUAAAUUUAUUAUAGAUUGGGGAAAAAAAAAUAAUAAAUUUGUAUACCUGC